CAAAGUGGUAGCGAACAAAAACUGUCAAACAGAGCCGUUUAUUUCACUUUUGAGAGAGAGAGAGAGCUGCUACCAUGAACCUGGCCUCCGCCGCCGCAGCCACGACUACCACCGCACUACCCUUUAAAACCACCUCACUCUCUCUCCUACGAUGCCACGUCCACCCUCACAAGCCCCAUCUCCUCUAUCCUCUCUCUACCACCUCCACUCUCCUCCCCGGGAGGCGAGCUUGGUUCACCGGUGACGGCGAUGGUCUCCACCGGUGGUCGGCAGCUUCCCCUGAAACCCUGCACAGAUCGUUUAAAUUCCGGCGAACCGCCGUCUCUCUCGGCAGUGGCACAAUUGUACAGGACGCCGUAGCGACGGUGGUUGUCAUGGGCGGCGCUUAUGCCCUCGUCUUGGCUUUUGAUAUCCUCACCCAGCGCGAUUUCAUAGAACAGAAGUUGAGCAGAAAACUGGUCCAUAUAUUGUCUGGGUUGCUUUUCAUGGCAUGCUGGCCAAUAUUCAGCACUUCAACAGAGGCUCGCUAUUUUGCUUCUUUGGUUCCUCUUGCAAAUUGCUUAAAGCUUGUCACUUAUGGCCUCUCCCUUGCCACUGACGAAGGACUUAUAAAAUCCGUUACUCGAGAAGGAAAGCCAGUAGAGUUGCUAAGAGGUCCUUUAUAUUACGUUCUCAUACUAGUUAUGUGCGUUCUUAUAUUUUGGCGUGAGUCACCAGUUGGCGUGAUCUCGCUUGCGAUGAUGUGUGGAGGGGAUGGUGUUGCUGAUAUCAUGGGUAGAAAGUUUGGAUCCGUCAAAAUUCCUUAUAACAAGAACAAGAGUUGGGCUGGUAGCAUCUCCAUGUUUAUAUUUGGGUUCUUGAUUUCCAUGGGGAUGCUCUAUUACUUUUCAGCCCUUGGAUACUUCCAGAUGGAUUUGAUUUCGACAAUGGGAAGAGUAGCUUUAGUUGCUUCCGUGGCAACGGUCAUAGAGUCCCUCCCAACUGAAGGAGGAGUGGACGACAACAUAUCUGUUCCUUUGGCAAGUAUGGUAACUGCAUGGUUAUGUUUUGGCUCGUAAUUUUGUUCAAGGAGUCCUCAAACGAUAAUGUGUACAAUUUUUUCUGCCCCGUAGUCAUGGAUAAUCAUGUGGAUUUCGUAAUCUUCUGUGUUUCCAUUAAUUCCAAUCUUUAUUAGGGGUCUCACUGUAUAUUUGUAGAUUAUUGAAUCUAGAUAAUUGAUUUAAAGGCCUCUCAUUUCAUGGUUGGAGUA